CUUCGUUCACACUACCAUACAUGCCUGGUUCAGCUCUAAAACACCUAGUGCAUGGCAUGCUAGUGCUUAGCUCCGUCGUCAAUGUGAGCUGUUUCCAUGCAUGCAUAUCAGAUAGAGCUUCCUUCAAAAAAGCAGACAGCGACGGGGCGGCCAGACCUGUAUAUAUAGGGGGAAGGCAUCCCCCUUGGGUUCCAUCGCCCACAACUCACACAUCCGAGGCUACAACUAGGUGCAAGUGCAGCAUCGCAACAACCAAGUUGAAGGCCCGAUGGCUUGGGCGCCUUCUUGCAGCUGUACUACCGGGAUGAUGAUGGCCACUAGGUUCAGUCGGUGCGCCCCGCCGGCGAUGGGAGCAAGGCGGACCUCACCUACGACCGUGCACCUCCGGCCAUCUCCGGCGUCGCCGACCUCAUGGAGCAAGACAGCCGUUGGGGACAGGGCGCUCGUGAGUACGACUACCAAGAGGAGGACGGUGCCCCCGGCUUGUAACAACAAGCCGGGGCCGUCCGGGCAAGCCCCGACGAGCAAGAAGGACCUAUCGUUCGACAUAAACUUGACGGCUGAGGACGACGACCAUUUCAAGAAGAACUUCUUGGAGCCCAUGCGCGAUAGGCUGAGCGACCCGGAAGGCCCCACUGUGGACAUCUUGGAUCCAGACUCGGGAAAUGUCGUGCAUAUCCCUAGGCUCCCUCCGCAGGUAAGGGACAAUCCGGCCCCUGAGCUGAUGAACCUGACGCUCCACCUUGGUGAGGAAGCAAGGGUCACCCUGAGUGUGCAGACGGACAACCUCUACGUCGUCGGCUUCCGCAACGGCGAGGGCAAGGCGUUCGAGUUUACCCAUUACAAUCCGGACGGCACACCCAGAGAGGGGUACCGCAUGAUCCCAGGGUCCACCAACCUGGGAUACAGCGGAUCCUAUGCAGGAGGAAACGGGAUGGGUGGAUUAUCUCAGCAGCAGGUCGUCCUGCUGGACAGCGGCAACCGCUUUUUUAAUUCCAACGUCUACGGCCGCGUCAACGCAACAACCAAAUUGGCCUCCGGCGAGGAGCUGCCGUACACUCUGCUCAGCAAGCAGGCAAAUCAGUCCCACACGACGCGACACCACGAGUCCGUACCACUCCAGAGGAACCUCAUCUCGGCACAGCUCGGCGCAGAGCUUCAUAUCUCGGCCGACUUAUGGGACUACAACAAGCUUGUGUUCUCUGAUGAUCAGAUCGUGGUUGGCUCCGUAGUCUUCGUCCCGCGCCAUGCCGGAACGACCGAUAAAGCGGACAUCAACGGGCCCUGCGGCAAGGUCAGGGUCGAGGUCACUUGGUCUACCUCCUACUCUUAUAAAAGCAUGAAGGACGAAGAACCAAAAUCAUCUCCGCCAUUUAUCCAUGAUGAUCUCUGAAGCGCUAUGUAUUUGUCUUAAUAUUUGAUCAAGGAUGAAACAAAUAUUGACUGUUGUAUGCGAUGAUACUAUGUAUUUGAGUCACCUAAUCAUAUCGUGGCAUAAACAAAA